AUGUCUGCAAUCAAAGUAAAUUUCGAAAUCGGACAUGAAGCAUCUUUACGAUCGAAGAAAACUCCAGAAGGCUUUACUCAUGAUUGGGAAGUGUUUGUGCGCGGCCUGGAAGGAGCAGAUAUAAGUCACUUUGUAGAUAAAGUGGUUUUUCAAUUGCAUGAAACUUUCAAAAAGCCUCGAAGAGUUGUGAAAGAACCACCUUUCUCAGUCAAAGAAUCUGGCUAUGCAGGAUUUGUAUUUCCCAUAGAAAUUUACCUAAAAAACAAAGAUGAACCCAAGAAAAUAAAGUUUUCUUAUGAUUUUACUCUACAACAAAGUGGAUCUCUCAAAGAUCGCUACAUUUUCCAAAACCCCAAUGAAGAAUUUAGAAAAAAGCUUUUAAAAGGUGGUGGCAUACCCAUAAGUAACAAUGCAUUUUACACCAAUCCUGACCAAGAAAGUAGAAGUAGAGAUUCCUUUACAGAAGAGAAGCAGCAACUUGUUAGUAAGCCAAAAUUAACAUCUGAUAGUAACAAAAAACACAAGUCUAAGGAACACAAAGAAGAAAUGCCCCAUAAAACUAGUAAUAACAGCUUUGAAAACUUAUUUGGGCCUCCUAUUCAAAAACCACCUAAAGUAUCACCAGAUCCCAAAAAGAUAGAAAAGAAUGCACCACCAAUGAAAUCUGAUAAAAAAGAAAAAGAAAGAUCAAGUUCUGAUAAAAAGCAAAAACAUGAACACAAAGAACUGAAGUCAGAUAAAGUCAAGCUUAAAGAAGAAAAAGAUAAAGGGAGGCCAGAAAAAGUCAAGAAUCAUAAUAAAGAAGGGGACAAGUUAAAAGAUAAAGCUAACAAGAGGCCUCUAGAAAGAACUGCAUCCCCAGAUGUAGCUAAAAAACGGUGUUUAAGUCCCAUAAGAAGAGUGCCUAGCCCUCCUAGGUCCAAUAGUGCUUCUAGUAUUAAAGAUGACUACAAACCUGCAAAACAUAACACAGAAAUGUUGGACCAAAAGAAACCUAAAUUAGAAGACAAAAGUCUUGAUGUUAAAGUAGAAAAAGAAUCAAAAGAAAAGAAGAAAAAAGAAAAGAAAAGUCAUGAUCGGGACAAAGAAAGAAAGGAAAAAAAGGAACAUAAAAAAGAAAGCCAUAAACUGAAAGAGUCGCCAAAAGAGCCUCCUAAAGAAAUUCCUAAAGAGGUGCCCAAGUUAAGAGAAGUUCCUAAGGAAAAGGAAAUAAUAAAAGAUUCUCCAACAAUUAAAGAGAAACCUAUGAAACCUGAUAAACCAUUAAAUAAGUUUUCUUUGGAAAAUCUCAUAAAAACACCUGAUGGUGAUCGUCCAGAAAAUCAUAAAUCAAAAGAUAAGUCAGACCCAGAAAGGAAACACAAACAUAAGAAGAAAGACAAAAGGCGUGAUGAGUCUAGAGAAAAACAUAAAGAAUCAAAUAAAGAAAAGAAACAUAAGCAUGACAAAAAUAGAGAAAUACCUCCAGAAAAAAUUGAAGUAAUUGAGCGUAGAGAAACACCCAUACCUAAAGAGCGACCUCUUCCUGAACCAGCAUCUCCUAUAUCUAUAGACACGGCAUCUCAAUGUAGUUCCAAAAGUGGUUUGGCCAAAUCAUCUCAUAUUGGUAAUGAAGAUGUUAACAGUAGCCAUUCAGAUUCUGAAAGCUCUGUUAUAGCGGAUGAAGAAGACUCUAAAGUGAAACUUGAAAUUAUGUCACCAGAACCUAUCAAACAUGAACCAUCCCCUGAACCAGAACCAGAACUGGAUCCGGAACCUGAACUAGAACCAGAACCAGAACCACUGGUAGAACCUCCACCACCACAUAAGGAGAAAAAACAGAAACAUAAAGAUAAAUCUGCUAAAAGAGAGGAAAAACGACGUAAACGAAAAGCAGCUGAAGAAGAAAGGGAAAGCUUGGAAAGUAUAGAACACAGGAAACUUGUUAAAACAGAAACAGCACCACCAUUCAAUGACACAGAGCGUGGCGAGAGCAGUGGAUCAACAUCUGCAGAGACAAAAGUCCAAGAUAAUGGAGUAUCUAGUAGUCUAGGCGAAGAUGCUGAGCCUGGAGAGCUGUCGCCAGAUUACAUGGUGCAAUUGAGAGAUUUACAACAGCGCAUCAUGAAAAUAAAAAAUAACGAUGAUUUAGAACGAGUGGUUAAUUUAAUUGCAGAGACUGGACGAUAUGAAGUAACCACACAGACAUUUGAUUUUGAUCUUUGUUUAUUAGACCGCUCUACAGUACAACAGCUUAUUCAAAUAGUGGGUUAG